GCACUGUCAGUGAGAGACCAGUGUGACCCUGAUAUGAGUGGCUUAGCUAUUAAAAUUACGAAAGAGCUUCUCGGGUUUUGCAUAAACAGUUCCAUUUCCGACGACAUGAAUCAGGCAUCGGUGUGCUCAGUGUGUCAACAAAAUCAACAAAAGUACAAAUGUUCCACUUGCAGGCGAUUAAUUUGCUCCCUGCAGUGCUAUAAACUGCAUAAAGCUGUACCAUGCGAACCCUAUGAGCCAGAAGUUAAAGAAGCCUCAGCAGCGGGAAGGAAGAAGAAAACGAUCAUUGAUCCUACCGAUGAGGAAGAUUCGUCAAGAUUAACUGAAGAGCAAUUGGAAAGAAUAGCGCAUUCUGACGAGUUACGAGAUUAUCUAAAGUACCCUCAAAUACGAAAAUAUAUCACGGAAAUUGACCAGGCCAAUGACCCUGCAACGCUACUGGAUUCUCUCAGGUCGGGCCCUGACACGGUUUUCCAAGAAUUUAUUGAUCUUCUCGUCCGCACUGUCAAGUCAAAUGAAUAACGCUCCAAACCAAUCAUACCACGAUACUCUGCAUAUGCUACACACAACCCACUAUAGCCACUCCUUCGAAAGCAAUUGUACUGCGAUUCUUGCGAUAUUGUGACGAAUUUGUAUAUUUUACCAACUGUGAAUAUGAUGAUAAUGACC